AUGUCCAUCUUCCAUUGGGCUGAGGUACAGAGGGAGUGUGGAGGGAUGGCGGUGCUCUUACCAUUCUCUUUAGUGUUUGCCAAUGUUGGAGGUGUAACUGGGGGUCUGGCCCUGGAUAAAGAAAAAGAGCAUGGCUCAACGGCCGUGGCCAGCCCUGGAGCCCUGAGUCUACAGCCCUCUGUCAACGGGACCAGUCCAGCCCCAGCCCCCACAUCCGGCUGCCCUGCUCCUGCAGGCGGAUAUGGGGACACCCCUGUGUCUGCUUUAUCGCCAGGCCCAUCCCAGGAGAACAUGGCAAACCCUAAAGAGAAAACUCCGAUGUGUUUGGUGAAUGAGUUAGCCCGUUUUAAUAGGAUCCAACCACAGUAUAAGCUGCUCAACGAGCGAGGGCCUGCACACGCAAAGAUAUUCACUGUACAGCUGACUCUUGGGGAGCAGGUCUGGGAAGCUGAAGGCACAAGCAUCAAAAAAGCCCAGCAUUCCACUGCUGCUAAAGCUCUGGACGAGAGUGUUCUUCCCCGACCUGCGCCACGCUCCCCAAAAGUGGACAUCAACAGCAACCCAGGCAGUAUCACACCAACAGUGGAGCUGAAUGGUCUUGCAAUGAAGAGAGGGGAGCCUGCUAUCUACCGGCCUUUGGAUCCUAAACCCAUGCCCAACUACAGAGCAAACUACAACUUCAGAGGGAUGUUCAACCAAAGGUACCACUAUCCUGUUCCUAAGAUCUUCUAUGUGCAGCUUUCUGUGGGGAGCCAUGAGUUCAUUGGAGAAGGACGCACUCGCCAAGCAGCUCGACACAAUGCAGCUAUGAAGGCUCUACAAGCUCUGCGAAACGAACCCAUACCAGAAAGGCCACCACAAGCCCCAGAAGAGGAAGAAGACAGUGAUGAUGGUGCGGAUGCCAGUAAAUCAGAAAUUAGCUUGGUAUAUGAAAUAGCACUGAAGAGGAAUUUCUCUGUUAACUUUGAGUUGUCAAUAUAG